CAGGGGCAGCUCCAAGGUACAUCUGCACCUACUACGAUGUUGUUGAGUACCUCAACAUCUCCUCUCACAGCAAGCUGCACGCACGCAUACUGCCCAAGGCCAACUUGAAGGAGCCUGUGGAAGUGAAGAUGGAUUUCAUGCUGGUGGCUAUUCUCUCCGUGGUCGAAAAGCUCCAGACGGUCACUUUUUACUUCGUGUUGAACCUGGAGUGGAAAAACACUUUUGCAACCUGGGACCCGCAGGAUUUCUGUAACAUUUCCAAAGUCGUUCUGCCCACGGAUACGUAUUGGUCUCCCCCCAUCUUCAUUUUAGAGCGAGUGAAUGGACAAAACUCGAACUUGGAUUACAUGGCCGUCAUGCACAACGGCAGCUUCAACUCCACCCAGCCCUUCCAGGUUACCUUAACGUGCAGCUUGGUCAUCCUCAAGUUUCCCUUUGACACCCAGACGUGCAACUUGAGCAUAGCUUCAUUCCUCUACCCAGUAACAGAUCUUGUCAUGAAGACAAGACGGACACCAGCUGAGAUGAUGAAAGACAGCCAGAGCUACUUCCUAACUGAUGGAGAAUGGAAGUUCACUAACCUGAGCAUCAUUGAAUACAGAGAAGAGCUGGAUAAUGGAGAAUUUUCUGUGGUCACCUAUGUGAUUUCCAUGGAGAGACGACCCACUCUGUACAUUUUGAACCUGAUCCUCCCAACCUGCGCCCUGUAUCUGCUGGAUAUGGCUGUGCUGUUUGGACCCAGCUCCCUUGAGGAGAAAAUCAGUUUCCAGAUUGCCAUCAUCCUUGGCAGCUCCAUGUUAGCUGUGAUUCUCAACAACAUCCUCCCAACUUCCUCCAACAAACCACCCGUAAUAGUGGUAUUCUUCUUAGGCACCUUCCUGCUCAUGAUCAUGGCUGUGUUGGACACUUUCUUCCUGUUGCACCAGCAGCACAAAUCCCUACGCUUAGACAAGGGACUCGGAAGCUUCCAGCAAGACGUGCACCCCGAGCUGGCGACGAGAGCCGUGAACAACCAGACCGUGAAACACCUCGCCAAGGAAGGUGCCCAACAGCUGAACCAUCCCAAGAAGGCCCAGAAAAAAGGGCAGCCAGCCAAGCCCCACUGGCAACCACAGGAGAAGGACCCAUUUCUGCCAGUUCUGGAGAAGAUGCUUCUCUACAGUCACUUCUUCCUGUCCGUGUUUUUUUUUGCUAUUAUUUCUAUAAAAUGGAGCACCUAG